CCGCUUCCCUCUCUCCACAGCGACGACUCAGAAAACUUGGCUCGAAACGUCUUUGGACGCGCAAGCCCGUCUUAUAUGAGGCUUUGAAGCCCAUAGCUCUGUCGACUUGGACCGUGCCUUCGUAAGCCAGCAUGAAGCAAAAGGUUCUGUUGAUGGGUGCCUCCGGGAGUGGGAAGACGUCUAUGCGCUCUCUCAUAUUCUCCAACAACCCCGCGUCCCUCACCUCGCGUCUAGGCGCCACUAUCGAUGUCGAGCAGAACCAUGUUCGCUUCCUCGGCGAUCUCAUUCUCAAUCUCUGGGAUUGCGGUGGUCAAGAUUCGUUCAUGGACUCGUACCUCACCACGCAAAAGUCGACCAUCUUCCAGCAUGUCGGUGUGCUCAUCUACGUCUUCGACAUCGAGGGGCAAGAAAACAACAACAUCAUGGAAUACUACCGGGACUGCUUGGACUCUCUGCGUACAUACAGCCCAGAGGCGGCCGUCUUCCUUCUUGUGCACAAAAUGGACCUUGUUCGGGAUCGGGACGCGACAUUCGAACGGAAGAAGAAAGAGUUACUAGCGCAGAGUGAGAAGGGACCGACGCAGUCAGAUGUGGAGACUGUCACUGUCUUUGGAACGAGCAUCUACGACGAGAGUUUAUAUCGGGCCUGGUCGAGCAUCGUCCAUACUCUGAUUCCCAACGCAGCCGUACUCACAAAACAUCUCAACAUCUUCGCGGAGGCAUGCAGUGCGACGGAAGUCAUCCUUUUCGAGCGAACCACCUUCCUAGUGAUUGCGACCUCAGCAAUCACCUCGGGCUCCCCAGAAUUCGAUUCUAGAGGGCUAGAGGGCACGAGAUACGAGCGGACAUCCGAAAUCAUCAAGCAGUUCAAGUACUCGUGUUCUCGCGUUCGAGACGAGUUUCACACCCUGGAAAUGGAGCUUCCAGAGUUUACCGCGGUGCUGGAUGAGAUGACCAAGAACACAUAUGUCCUCAUUAUCGUGCACGAUCCUUCUAUAGAAACUGCCGCUUUGAAGCUCAAUGUCCGAAUGGCUCGCCGCAAGUUUGAGCAGUUACAAGCCCAGGCAUGAUAUCCGAUCACUGGCUUCAUCUCAUCUAUCCCCAUGUCCCUUGCGAGCGCCAACAUGUAUAUUAUUGCUCAAUAUCGUCUUCCAAUCUAAUCUGCUGUACUGUGC